GGCACAGUUUGGGGAAACCACUGAGCUAAGACUUCUUACUCUAUGGUUAUAUCAUUGCUUAGAGCGGCCAGCUCCGAAGGGAGCGAUGAUGAGGCGCCCAAGUCACGUGACUGGGAACGUAGGACAAAAUGGCCGCGCCCACGGGACUUUCUGGCGUAUUGUAUUUUUUUCCUUCUCUGAGGGAGGCUCCAGGAAGUGUCUCCUCAGGACAAUAUUUUAAGCAGCUAUAAUACCCAGUUGAAAAAAUAAUGCCUUGAAAAGCAACAGAAGAAGCAGAUAAUGUCUGUUGUAUGUAGUCUAUCUGCUGGGUGGAUACUGGAUCAUCUCUCCUUCAUAAACAAGUCUGGCUACCAGCUAUGCCAUUCCCAAGACUGUUCUGGCUGGGUCUCUUUGAACAAUUCGCUCAGUGCUGCUUCCUCAGAUGGGGAUGUUACUGGGCCUGCAAUCCUGGGUGUUGCAGAUUCUUGUGGAAAUGAUCCUGUUUGUGAGAUCAAAAGUUCAGGCGAAAAAGCAGAUCAAAAGAUGUAUAUGUUCCGGGAAGAAUUUUUUAAUGUGCUGAAACCACAUAUAGCUAUAAAUUUUCCAACAGAACUCCAGCAAAGGAAUUCUGUGUCCAGUCUAGAAAAUGGUGGAUCAGAACCACAGGAAAGAGCUAAGAAUGAGGAAUCUUGCAUCUUUACUGCUAAAGCUAAAAAGAAACGGAAAAGAAGCAGUGAACUUAACCAUGGUGAAUGUGAUGCUUUAGAAUAUCAUUUAAAGAUCAGUGGUGUGAUUUUGGAUGGUACAAGGAGUUUAGUCCAGGAGGGUUUCAGAAGUGGUUUCCUGUGGCCUGUUUUGUCAGAACAGUUUUGUGCCAGGAUUCCUGCUGCAAGACACCAUGAUUGUGGUUUAGCUGAAUUAUGUGAGAUGGCAAAGCAGUUUCACCCUGUGACUGAAGAUGAGCAAAGAACUACAUGCACAAUAAAUGAGGAAGCCUGUGUUCCAGAACAAGUUCAGCUUUCCUUUGUUACGGAAAAUACCACAAACUAUGCAAAGAUAAUAACACUAAUGGGACAGAAGUAUCUGUUUCCUCCCAGAAGUGCAUUUCUUUUGUCUGAUAUUUCUUUUAUGCAGCCUCUUUUGGACUAUAAAAAAAAAUUCGGCAUAAUUGUGAUAGAUCCACCAUGGGAGAAUAAAUCUGUUAAAAGAAGUAAUAGGUACAGGUACUUGUCUCAUUGGCAAAUCAAGCAAAUUCCUGUGCCAGCCCUGGCAGCUCCAGAUUGCAUUGUGGUCACAUGGGUGACUAACAGACAGAAGCAUCUGCGUUUUGUGAAGAGUGAACUUUAUCCCUACUGGUCAGUGCAUGGAGUGGUAGAAUGGUUCUGGGUGAAAAUUACAAGGUCUGGAGAGUUUGUAUUUCCAUUAGAUUCUGUUCACAAGAAGCCUUAUGAGGUUCUUGUAGUGGGUCGAGUCCAGGGAAGUACAGAUGUGCCAUUAAGGAUCUCAGAAGGUAAAGAGCUUCCACCAAUUCCAGCUCAAAAAUUAAUUGUCAGUGUACCCUGCACCCUUCACUCACAUAAACCCCCUCUUGCAGAGAUUCUGAAAGAAUAUGCCAAUCCAGAGGUAGAAUGUCUGGAGCUGUUUGCUCGGAAUUUGCAGCCUGGAUGGACCAGUUGGGGCAAUGAAGUUCUCAGAUUUCAGCAUAUGGAUUACUUCACUCCUUUGCAGAAUAAGACUGAUUAAUUAAACUUAGAUUAAUUUUUUGAUUGUGGUAGGCUUGUUUGUUUGUUUUUUCCAGAACUUUAUCUUUUAUGCUAAUGCUCCAUUUGGAAAGCACAUGAAUGAACAAGAUAUCAGUAUGAUGGUUGUGAAAUGUUUCCGAUACCUUCAAAUAGUUUUUGCAUCUGGAUCCAUAUACAUCCUCUACUUUCAGUCAUCAUGUGCAAACCAGUCAUUUGGACCACUAUAUAAAUAGCAGCCCUUAAGAAAUGGUCAUGUCCUUUGAAAUGGAUUCAUUGUCUGUAACUUAGAAUGUAUCAUGUGUGGAUCUUUCCAUAGAGCAGUUAUAAAGUGAUGUGUAGAUGAAUGUGAGAGAAGAGGAUGUGUAUGUAUUUUUAAAUGUGCAGGUCAUAUUUAGAUAUAAUGUGCUAGAAAUUAGAUAAUUUCUAACACACAGCUGCACUCUAAUGUUCUGACAAAUGUUGUACAUGAAUAUGUCUGAAUAAUAACUAUGUACAGUGGUCCAGGAUAGCUGGUAGGUGAAUCACAGUGCCUUGUAAAGUCCUGGAGAGAAAGGAGUGUAUGUAUUGGAUAACAGCUCCAGUCCUGCUGCACAUAUUAUUCCAAGUUAAAUAUUGGCAGCCAUACAUACACCUCUAGACUCCAAAAUGCCAAACAAUAUAUUAUCCCUUUAUAUAUUUGAAAUACCUAGAGGGUAUAAUCAGAAUUGGAAGUUGCAUAACUGCCAUGCUGGGGACAUCCCCUUAUACCCUUUUAAAUAUUAUAUGCUAACCCUUUUAAAAUUGGUUUUUUUUUAAAUUAAAGGCUCACCUUAUUUUUUACAUUUAUUUUAUAGCUUAUUUAGCUCAUUUUUAUUAUUUUUACAUUUAGUUUAUUUUUAACAAAAGCCUGGAAGCUUUAAGUUGGGAGUUGUUGCUUCUAAGAUGUCAAAUAAUUGCUGACUACAAUGAUUUUCAAGCUGACAUCAGACAUGAGUAUGUCACAUUGAAAACAACAGUCAUGAAGAAUUUGGUUUAUUGGUUGCAAUGGAAUUGCAUCAUGAUUAACUCCAACUGGAUCAAUAUUCAGAUUAAUCCCUAUAGUUGAAUAAUUCUUUCCUUGCUAAUGUACAGGAUUUUAAUUUCUUAGAAUGUAUAUUCUUCUGAUGUGUGUUUUUCUUUAAAAAUAUCUUUUACAAUGCUUACUGCAGUAAUUAAAUUAUUUUUCAAAAUGAUGAACUAUGUAUGCUCUCCUCCCCUUAGGGUUUGCUUUAAAAAUGCUCUAAUUAAAAUUACCACAUGUUUGCAUGUGAAAUUUAAAGAUAGGAUAUUCCAAGGAAUAACUAUUAUUUCAAAGAGUGCAGACAGAAUAAAUUUUGGUCUCCUACAAAUUAGAUAAACUCUGGAUUGCUUGGUAUGCUGUUAAAUUUUUAAACAAGCCCUGGAUGUUCACAAGUAGAGGUUUUUUUUGUACUUUAAUAUUAAAAAAAUCAAUUUCAGAAAUAUUUUUUCAUGAUACAUUAUUUACAGGCCUCUCUUUUUCUCAAGUAGAAUAUUUGUUUGAUUUAAAGUGGGUUCUUGUUUUUUCCCCCCAGUGAUAAUAACAAAGCUUAAACAACGCCUUUUUCAUUUUGGUUAGAUUCCUCCUCCCAUGCAAACACAACAUAGAAGGAAAUAGUGUGCUAUGCUGGUCCUGUAGAACUGAAUCCUGCUGAAUUAAGUGGGGCUUUUUCCUAGCUGAGUGCUGGUUUUGCAGUAUAAAUUAUUGGUCAUUACCUUUAAAGCUCUACAUGGCUUGGGCCCGAGUUACUUGUGGGAACGCCUCUCCCUACAUAAUUCGUCCCAUGCUCUCAGAACAACUGGGAAGAAUCUGUUAGAAAAUCAGUCAACCAGACUUGUAUCGACUUCCCAACAAGCUUUCACAGUAGCUGCUCUGAAACUGUGGAAUGGCGUCCUGGUAGAGAUCUGCCAUACUGCCUCUUUGGAGGCAUUUAAGAAGGCACUUAAGACAGAUCUCUUCUGGCGAGCUUACCCACCUGACCUCAUGUAGGAGAUAUCACUCAACUUCUUGACCAUAAUAUAAUCUUAUCAUUGCUACAGACGGCGAGAUAGUUUUAAUGGAAUAAUUAUUGUUAUUGUAUUUUAUUGAUGUGUUUUGUAUGUAUUUUAUUGGUUUGUAAUCCUGCCUCAAUCCACCUUGGGAGAGGCGGGAAAAUAUAAAUAAUUUUUAAUUAUUAUUGAUGAUUGUUUUAAGAACAUAAAGAGAGCCAGACUG